CUUUGCCUCAAAUGAUUCACGCAAUCGCAGCCUUCAUCACAUCCAGAGAUUCUCAAACAGCUACGAAACGAUGUGUGGGAUCCACGCCAUCCUUUCAACUGCCAAUGCAGCUGAAUUAUCUCAGGAUCUGAGGCAGGCGCUGCGCAACCGUGGCCCCGAUUACCUGGGUGAGGCGACAAGGACUUUUCCAGCAGGCGCGUCGCAGGAUCUUCGCGUGUUGGCCAGAUUCACUUCGACCGUCCUGGCGCUGCGUGGCGACCAUGUCGCUAAGCAGCCCUUCGAGGACCCCAAUUCUGGAGCUGUAUUUUGCUGGAACGGUGAGGCAUGGAAGAUUGAUAGCCAGAUCGUGGAUGGCAAUGAUGGUGAAGCCAUAUUCGCCAGGCUUUCUGGCAACAAGGCCACUGGUCCGGAACCAAGACAUGCCUAUGUCCUGAACGUUUUGCGAAGCAUCCAAGGCCCCUUUGCCUUCAUUUACUACGAUGCCUCAUCUGAGCGCCUGUACUUUGGCCGCGAUCGACUUGGUAGACGGUCGUUGCUCAUGAAUGAUGGGAGUGAUGGAACAGCAGUUGCCUUCUCUAGUGUCGCGGAUGCCCCCCAUGCCGAAUGGAAAGAGGUUAUAGCAGAUGGGAUCUACUCGAUGUGCUUCAAGCCUUACCAGACAGAAGAAGGCAACUUAAGCCUCGGCGCAAGCACUUCAAAGGAUGACUGGCUGUCCUCUGGAGGAGCUGAUCUGGUAUCCAGCAUUGGCAUAUUCAACGAAGCGUUGCCACAACCAGAUGUGAGGCUGGACUUUGGAUCGCCCUCCGUACGCCUUCUCCGGCAUCAUCUCACAGAGGCACUAAAACUGCGCAUACUCAACGUCCCCGAACCUCCAUACGCCCAGUUUGACAUCGACACCCGCAUCGCCAUUCUAUUCUCUGGUGGGUUGGACUGCACAUUGUUGGCCAGGCUAGCGGAUGAUUUAUUGCCAGAGGAUCAGGGCGUAGAUCUGAUCAACGUCGCUUUCGAGAAUCCACGUGUCGCUGCCAACUUUAGGAAGGAUGUCAAUGUGUACGAAGCCUGCCCAGACAGGUUGACAGGAAGGAAGGCUUUUGGCGAACUCAAGAAAACCUGUCCUGCCCGUAAUUGGCGAUUUAUCGCUGUCAACGUCCCUUUCGAAGAAGCCAUGCUACACAAGUCUCGAGUCGUGUCACUCAUUCAUCCCCAUGACACGCAAAUGGAUCUUUCCAUUGGCCUCGCAUUGUACUUCGCUGCCCGGGGAAUUGGUGAUGGCUACCCGUCCCGAUCCGGGUCGACUUCCCCGCCUCCCAGUAUAUCAACGCCUGCCCGUGUCCUUGUGUCAGGGCUAGGCGCUGAUGAACUGUUUGGUGGCUACUCUCGGCACAAGUCUGGAUUCGAAAGGCGAGGGUAUCAAGGUCUCGUCGAUGAGCUGAAGCUUGAUGUGAGCAGGAUAAGCCAACGCAAUCUGGGUCGAGAUGAUCGCAUCAUGGCGCACUGGGGUAAGGAAGUCCGCUUCCCUUUCCUUGACGAGGAAUUCGUCAAAGUUGCAAUGCAGUGUCCUGUGUGGGAAAAGUGCGACUUCGGGAAUCCAUUUCAUGCCGCGAUAAUAGAGCCGGCGAAACGGGUUCUACGACUUAUAGCUGACCAGUUGGGCUUGCAGUUGAUAGCGAGGGAGAAGAAGCGAGCGAUACAAUUCGGGUCCAGAACGGCGAAGAUUGGCCAGACUAGUGGGAGAGUCAGGGGCACUGAUCGGAUCAAUGAACACAACACGUAGCAAGCGCAUUGUGAUCUGGCAAUGAUGAAACAUCAGAUACUUCCGAGUUGAGUGUGCUCACGGUCGAAUUGCCCCUGAAUUGUGUGUUUCUGCUUGCAGUAACCCGUUAAGGGCAAGCAUUUCAACGUGCCGCCAGCGAUGACGUCGUAAAG